AUGCCUCUCAGUUGUGGAGCACGAGCGUUGAAGUUUUCGCUAUUCAUCUUCAAUCUGGUUUUUUUGAUAUGCGGCCUCGUCUGCGUGGGCAUCGGCACGUGGCUUCUCGUCGACCAGUCUGCAGUCGAUUCUAUUGCCGUGGCCACCUCCAAAGUUCAAGGCUACGAACAGGAUGAGGGUCUCCGGGAUUUGGCCACCAAGCCCAUCGCCGUCCGGCAAAUCGGAAAAGUUCUACUCUUCGGCGGUGUCCUCGUGAUCAUCAUCGCAUUCUUGGGGUGUUGCGGAGCAGCAAAGGAAUGGCGUCCGCUGUUGUGUUGCUACGCCACCUGUCUCAUGGUCAUCCUGGCAACCGAAAUAGCAGCGGCAAUUUAUGCUGGGCUGCAUAGUCACAUGUUUGACAAAGAUUUCCGGGACAUCCUUCGAGCCUCCUUAAAAAUGUAUAACGGGACAGACGUCCCGCGACGAUACAAAGACGAUCACGACGCGAAUACGAAAAGCGAUGCGUUCCUGGUGAAGGCCGCCUGGGACAAGUUUAUGAUUGAAAAAGAAUGCUGCGGGGUCGACUCGAAAAUCGGCGACUUCAACCACACUGGGUGGUAUACGAUGACCAGGGGUGCGCAUCAUUUCCCACCUGCCUGUUGUCCGCCGGAUCGUACUGGAAGGCUGCAGCAAUAUUGUCCUACUGUGUCGCGAUAUGGAAAUGGAUGCUACGACCGAAUAGUGGAGUCGUUCAAAGAGCUGAGCUGGCACUUCAAAAUCGUCGCCUGGACUGUCGUAUUCAUUGCGCUUAUACAGAUAUUUGGUAUCAUCGUCGGCUUCUGGUUAUGUGACUCGAUCACGUCGGAUGAUGACGCUUUU